GGGUGAUGAUGUUCAAACGAGGAGAGAGGGAAGAAACAUCUUAGCCGCUGGUAGGACUACUAUCUUAAUGCAAGGAGACUUGUUCUGCCUCCAGGUCUGGAGGACUUCUUAUCGGUGUAUAUGCCUUCCCCCUGGCGUCGACGUUAUAACAAGCCGUUCUUAUCUCGAGACACGCAAGUAUUAUAGUUGCUUCGAACCAGAAAUGACCGCCGAUGAGAGACCGUUGGUUGUCUUAUUCCUUGGUUUUGUUCUCUUUACUUCAUCUUCAGGCUACCCUAUACUGCCUCUCCACUUGACAGUCCCAUGAGCACCUCAGUGCUACAGCGCGCAACAAAACGACGGGGGUGAGGUCGCCCGGGGAUCCAUGUCCCCCCAUUUUCUUCAACGACAGUCCCCCUUCACUGUCCGAAGGGAAACACCAAAAGAAAU